AUGAUAGUCAAUACGGGUAAACAAACUAGCCCACAGUGCAUAGAGAUCUCAUCUGACGAAGACACCUUAACUACGAUAUCUAGAUCUAAAUCCCGCUACUCAAUACCUUCGGUAGGAAGUGAAACACUCACAGCUUCCGAAAGAGUUGACUCAUCCUCUAUAGCAUCAAUUCACUCAGAUGUGAACACCGAUACAUCAGGAAUUCCCAUAUUAAAAGAAGCAAUUGACACAAAGCCAAACCAAAUACUUAUAUACACAUGGUUCAAAAACGAAUUAAGCGUAAAAGAUUUAUCUAGAGACAAGCAGAAGGUUUAUGAAGUACACAUGCCCCUAAACAAUCCGGAAAUAAUUAAAACAUAUUUAAAAGAAUACAUCAAACCGAAAAUAAAAUACGUUAUCUAUUUCGAAGACAUACGUCACCGAGAACAAUUUGCAAAUAUUAUAACUACAUUGUUUAAAAAGGACACUAUUAAAAUAUUCGAAUGUACCGAACGGGUAAUUUACGUAGAAGAUGAAAAUGAACAGAGAGAAAUCGUCCUUAAAUAUCAUAUUGGAAAAACUUGCCAUCGUGGUAUCAAGGAAACAACAGCCCACUUAAAACGCACAUAUUAUUGGAACAACUUAGAACAGACAGUAGCCAGUAUUAUUAAUUCUUGUGAAAUCUGUAAACAAAUGAAAUACGACAGAAAACCAAUAGAACCAGAACUACAGUUAACACAAACUCAAACUAAACCAUUUCAGGAAAUAUUCAUGGACAUAUUUUCUAUAGAAGGAACUUAUUUCCUUACCAUUAUAGACGUAUUCAGUAAGCUAGGACAAGCUUUAUAA